AUAUAUAAUCACCCACUUGUCGUGGAACUACAAAAAACGGAGAUCCUCGUCUCGUACUGUGUGUCUGUGGGGGUGUCUUUUAUGCUUUAUUUUACGGUGCAUGAUCGUACCUGUGAAAAGAGAAAGUGUGUGAUUUCUCGGAGACGCUUCCUCCAAAUCCUUCCACGUACGAAGUUCGUCUGCAAUAUAUUGAGUUUUUGAAGCUUUUUAUAGGGUUUGCUGGGGUUUUAUCAACACGUCCCACAGUCAUUGCAUCCCCCACUCUUAUCAUCGUUUGUUGCUCCGCAAAACAACCGAAAAAAAGGGGCAGCGAGAUUUUGUUUUGUUUUGUUUUUUUUCCAAUCUCCCUACUUUUUCGUCUCUGAUAGGUCUGCCAGAUCUUCCCCUGCUUUUUCGUCUCUUCAUGCUAUUGGUACUAUAUGGCAAUGAAAGCAAAUUCUACUGAUGGUAGGACUAGGAGCUCUGUACAGAUUUUUAUUGUAGUGGGUUUAUGCUGUUUUUUCUAUAUUCUGGGUGCAUGGCAGAGGAGUGGUUUCGGGAAGGGAGAUGGUAUAGCUAUGGAAAUCACUAAAGGUGGGGCAGAUUGCAAUAUAGUCCCAAAUUUAAAUUUUGAGACUCAUCAUGGUGGUGAAGCUGGGAGUGUUGAUGAAUCUGAAUCAAAACUCAAAGUUUUUGAGCCUUGCGAUCCUCGUCACACUGAUUACACGCCCUGCCAAGAUCAGAUGCGUGCCAUGACUUUCCCCAGGGAAAAUAUGAUUUAUCGAGAAAGACAUUGUCCUCCUGAGCAAGAGAAGUUGCAUUGCCUAAUCCCAGCACCCAAGGGGUAUGUAACUCCGUUCCCCUGGCCAAAGAGUCGUGACUAUGUACCCUUUGCAAAUGCACCAUAUAAGAGCUUGACAGUUGAGAAGGCUGUUCAGAACUGGAUUCAGUACGAGGGAAAUGUAUUCAGGUUUCCUGGAGGAGGGACACAGUUCCCCCAAGGGGCAGACAAAUAUAUUGAUCAGCUAGCUUCUGUAAUACCAAUUGAGAACGGAACAGUUAGAACUGCAUUGGAUACUGGUUGUGGGGUUGCCAGUUGGGGGGCAUACCUUCUGAGUAGAGAUGUUAUUGCCAUGUCAUUUGCACCAAGAGAUUCACACGAAGCACAGGUUCAAUUUGCUCUUGAAAGGGGUGUACCUGCAGUAAUUGGGGUUUUAGGUACCAUCAAGCUACCGUAUCCAUCUAGGGCCUUUGAUAUGGCUCAUUGUUCCCGUUGCUUAAUUCCAUGGGGGGCAAAUGAUGGAAUGUAUUUGAUGGAAGUUGAUCGAGUUCUUAGGCCUGGUGGUUACUGGGUCCUUUCAGGUCCUCCAAUUAAUUGGAAGAAUAACUAUAAAGCAUGGCAACGUCCCAAAGAAGAACUUCAGGAGGAACAAAGAAGGAUAGAAGAGACUGCCAAACUACUUUGCUGGGAAAAGAAGUAUGAGAAGGGUGAAAUUGCCAUCUGGAGAAAGAGAUUAAAUGCUUAUUCAUGUCCUGGCAGACAAGAUGAUUCACAGGCUACUUUUUGCAAAUCUGUUGAAGGAGAUGAUGUCUGGUACAAGAAAAUGGAACCAUGCAUAACUCCAUAUCCUGAUGUCAGUAGUCCAGAUGAAGUUGCUGGUGGAGAAGUAAAAUCCUUUCCAGAAAGGGUUUAUUCUGUUCCUCCUAGAAUUACUAGUGGAUCUAUUCCUGGAGUUUCCGUUGAGACAUACCAGGAGGAGAAUAGUAAAUGGAAGAAGCAUGUGAAUGCUUAUAAAAGGAUCAAUAAACUUAUUGACUCUGGGAGGUAUCGCAACAUUAUGGAUAUGAAUGCUGGUAUGGGAGGUUUUGCCGCUGCCCUUGUAUCUCCCAAAUUGUGGGUCAUGAAUGUUGUGCCUACUAUUGCUGAGAAAAACACAUUGGGUGUCAUUUAUGAGCGAGGAUUGAUUGGCAUAUAUCACGACUGGUGUGAAGCUUUCUCCACAUACCCAAGGACAUAUGACCUCAUUCAUGCAUAUGGCGUCUUCCAUCUGUACAAGGACAAAUGCAAUGCUGAAGACAUUCUCCUGGAGAUGGACAGGAUUUUGCGACCUGAAGGAGCAGUCAUAUUCCGGGACGAGGUCGAUGUGCUGAUCAAGGUGAAGAAAAUAGUUGGAGGGAUGAGAUGGGAUACUAAAAUGGUGGACCAUGAGGAUGGCCCCCUUGUUCCUGAGAAGAUAUUGAUUGCUGUGAAGCAGUAUUGGGUUGCCGGUGGAAACUCGACAUCCACGCAAUGAAUGAAUACUCUGAAGAAGGAAAAUGGGACUCAUUGGCGAGGUUUAUGCUGGCAAUGCUCUUUAUUAUACAAAUCCUGACACCAAUUUGUUCAUUUUACAAUGGUCACUCCUGCUGCAUGAGAUUCAUGUUUCACUAAUCUUGACCUGGCCCAAUGUUUCUUUUGUUGUAAUUUAUCAACAGACAAGCUACAAAGCUAGCUGUGUUUGUAAGGUUUCUGGCAUUGUUCAUUUUUUUGUCGAAUGUCAAGUGUUGUAUGAUGUUGUCGUACACAA